AUGAACGCCGGCAAAGUCGCGUCCAUCCUUCUGGUGGCCAUUGCCUCCCUCACAAUUCUAAAUUUUCUCCUAAAAUAUUACACAUACUUUGUUCUUGUGGUGGCUGCCCACAAAUCUGCUUCUCAAGACUCCUCGAGUGAUGAAUCUGGCUCCGUUCCUCAUCCACACGAGCUCUAUGUGCCAUUUCUCACGUUCAUUCCCACUGUAUCUCCCGUGUUGUUACGACCAUGGGUGAUUAUCACUGCAGGUCUCAUUGAGGACUCGCUACUUCUGCUUGGUUUCACGAUAUUGGCAGUAUUCAACUUGGGCAGAUUUCUAGAAGGCAUGUGGGGCCUGCAAGAGUUAUUGCGCUUCAUUCUGUUUGUUUUGGUGGCUUCCAACAUGUCCUUGUACCUCUACUAUUCGUUCAAGACGGCAAUAUUCGGUGCUGGUACAUCUGUUCCUCCCGUCGUGAUCUCAAGCAUAGCCAUUGUCAUGGCGCUUCUUGUAGCUGUCAAACAGCGUAUUUCCGAUCAUUACGUGAUCCUUUUCCGAGGAUCCUUACGUAUCAAAGUCACCUACUUACCUUUCAUACUUCUUGUGCUGCUGGCAUUCUUGAAUCUCAUCUCAGACUCUUACAAGGUCACUUGGCUCCUUUCUCUGGUGGGAUUUGUCCUCAGCUGGGUGUACUUGCGCUACCUCAAGGGUACCUCCAACGAACGCCAGUCAUAUCUUCUUCCAAUUACUGCCAGACGGGUCGCAACACCAGGUCUACCUCCCACACUACUGCAACCUCCAACUAUAACCUUCGAUAACAACUUAUCCAAAGGAGACAGGUCCGAUCUGUUUGCUUUGGCUACAUUCUUUCCUGGCCCGCUAGGGUCUCUUGUUCUGCUUGUUUGUAACGCUGUAUUUAGGUUCAUGAUCAAGAGGAAAUGGGUGGACCCCAAGGAUUAUACCACUUAUGACGGUGAAGGUACUCAGGAGGAAUUGGGCUCGGUCCAGUCCAAACUCUUCAGUUUGUCUGCUUUGAAAGGCGCUGAAGAUGUAUCUCCCAUUCCCAAUGCUGGCAAUGCCUUCAACAAGGUAAUGGCAUGGUUUACUACGAAGGAGAAUGUUGAUAUCAAGGACAGCAUGGAUAAGAGACGGAAACUCGCUAUCCGAGAACUAGAUUAA